AAUUCUAGAGUUUGAGAAUAAACCAGACCUGAUUGAGACCCAUAACUUAACCCCCUUCUUCUUCUUUUUUUGGUAAAGAACUUACCCCCUCCUUCUUCUUCUUCUUCUUCGUCUUUAAUCCUCGACAAAUGAUUGGAUCAAAUGAUUUUUCAUCUGCAUGCAUUUGACCAUCAUCUCUCUUCAACUUCGGAUGCCUAAAAAUUUCAACCUCUCCAUCAAUGGCCGAUCCUCACCAUCUACUCACAGAACCAUCAAACCCCCAAAUUCAAAAUCAAAACCAAGCCCAAACCCCUCUUCUAAACACCACAGACCAAACCCAAGAAAACCCAGAAGAAUCUUCUGAUUGCGAUCCCCACCUCGACAAGAACCUUCAGAAGCUGGAAUUACUUCUCGCUCUUCUGGGUUUCGACCAGUCCUCGGCCCUGAGGUUUGGGGCGUCGUGGAUCGCGUUUCUCCUGAUCGGUGUCGCGCUCCCGCUGGCUGCGCUGGAGCUGUUCGACUGCUCGGAUUGCGAGAAGUACCAGAUCAAGGUAUUCGAGUUGGAGAUAGUGGCGUCGCAGUCGUGUUUGGCGGUUGUUUCUCUGCUUUGUCUCUCUCACAAUCUGCGCAAGUAUGGGAUAAGGACAUUCCUAUUUGUUGAUCGGUGUAGUGGUCAAAUGGACCGGUUUGGCGACCAGUACACUCAGAAAAUUUCGGAUUCUUUCCGCAUGCUUGUACUGUGGGUACUGUUGUGUUUCAUUUUGAAGACCGCACGUGAAGUCACUCGUAUGUUAUACGUGCCUCAUGAAUCAUGGUGGUUGCCUGUUGCUAUUUUAUUGGCUUUGAUCAUAUCAUGGACGUACACGACUACAAUCUAUCUAUCAGCGUGCAUUUUAUUUUUCUUGGUCUGCAAUUUGCAAAUUAUACACUUCGAUGAUUAUGGGAAGUCCUUGGAAAGAGAAUCUGACGUUAUGGUAUUCAUAGAGGAGCACAUUCGUCUGCGGCAUCACCUCUCUAAAAUAAGCCAUAGGUUCAGGAUAUAUCUUCUUCUGGUGUUCCUAGUCGUCACAGCAGGCCUUGUUGUGACCCUAUUCCUCACGACAGGAUAUACUGGACUAAUUACUUUAAUAAAUGGAGGUGAUUUUGCAGUCUCGUCACUCGUUCAGGUUGCAGGAAUAAGUCUUUGCUUGAAUGCCGCAGCCAAAAUUUCCCAUAGAGCUCAGGGGAUUGCAUCGCUAGCAAGUAAAUGGCAUGCUACGGUGACGUGCAGUUCUGCUGAUGCAUCUCAAAUAAGAGUAUCCAGUAGCAUGGGGAACUUGGGUGUUGCCAAUACAUUGGAGUCAGUGUUUAUAAAUAACUCGGAAAGUGAUUUGGAGUCGCUGCCGAGAAAUACACAUUUGGGUUCCUAUGUGUCUUCAUACCGCAAGAGACAAGCCUUUGAUCCAUUUUCUGAAAGUAUAAUUGAGAAGCCCCAUCCUGUAUUUGUACCCCGUGAUGAAACUUUUGAGGAGAUUAAGCAGAACACUUUCUCCGCUGGAAGAUUGAAAGCUGUGUUACACAAUCUGAUACCUUCUAUUGCUGCUUCAUUGUCAAGUACCGAUAUCUCCUUCAAGUGCUUUUCUGAUAUUAAUAAGCUAUACAACGAUGGUGUCGUUUUGAAAGAUGAAGACCAAAACAUAACUGACAAGCAGUUUCUGUCCAACUUGAUGAGAAGUAUUGCAACUGUUGGGCAAAGGUGGUUGAAGUAUGAAGUACCAGCCAUAAUUAAAAGGGAUAGAUUCGUGUGGCUGCGGGAUAAUGAGUUUGCACGCUAAACGUUAGCAGGGGUCAACCCAGUGGGCAUUUAACUAUUGAGGGUAACGCUCCACUUGAAUUUUCGGUUUACAAAAUGAAUUUUCCAUUCCCAAUAUUGAGAGGCCUUGAAGGUUUGGUGUGUUUUAUCGGGAGUUUUUGCUUCUCAGCAAACUAGAUCCUGCAGUUUGUGGUCAACCGGAGUCCGCAAUUACAAAAGAUUUGAUAGAACAAGAAUUACUUCAGCAUGGAAUGGGUGUUGAUGAGGUACUAACCUGAAUGCAUUAUGUUUAUGGAUUCAUGUCUCCCCUGCUUUUCCGCUUCUCAGCAAACUAGAUUUGAUAGAACAAGAAUUACUUCAGCAUGGAAUUGGUGUUGAUGAGGUACUAACCUGAAUGCAUUAUGUUUAUGGAUUCAUGUCUCCCCUGCUAUUGGAACAUGACCCUUCAUUCCAUUAUAAAGAAUAUGGCAAGCCUACUGAGUGAAUGUAGAAUAACGGUACUGUGGUAAUUAACCACUUUCAAUACAUUGAGAGAUCCCAAAUCUUCUUUCUAAGCAAACUGUCUAAUAUUGUUAUAUGAUUGGGAUGUGAUCUGGACGUUAACCAUCAAAUCUGCUCUGAAAAAUGAGUCAAUUUUAUAUGAGCUCACUUAAUACCCACCCUGUUCAAUAUGUUCUUGAAUCUUCAUGUCAAUUUUUUUCCAUCACGCCCUACGGAUAAUGUUGUAAAAAUUGCUAGGCACUAGUCAGGAGGAUGAGGGGCGCCUAAAGAUUAGUCGAGUUAUCCAUUUUUUUCAAAAAUAUUCCCCCCACCCCACAAUGUUUGAAUAAGAAGUGACACAAGACUAGAAAGAAAUGAAUUAAGACUUGUCGAAAUACUUUGAUUGAUGUUUAUUCUUCUCACAAUGAGGUACAAUAUAUAGACCAAAUACAAGGUAAAAUAAGGAAAGAAAAUCAAAUCAAAUCAAAUCCCUAACUGAUCCCUAAUUGAUUCUACCUAAUCAAAUCCCUAAUUGAUUCUACCAAAUUGAGUAACUUCCUAAUUACAUUCAAUACAUUAAAUACAGUCAACACUCCCCCUCAAGCUGGAGCAUAAACAUCGUGUACUCCCAGCUUGUGACAAAUAGUAUCAAUGGAAGUCUUGGGAAGUGCCUUGGUGAAAAUAUCAGCCAGUUGAGAACCUGAAGGAACAAAAGGAGUGCUAAUAUCUUUAGAUUCCACCUUUGACCGAAUGAAAUGACAAUCAACUUCAAUGUGUUUGGUCCUCUCAUGGAAUACUGGAUUAUUAGCAAUGUGGAUAGCAGCUUGAUUAUCACAAUAUAGAGGAGUAGGACCAUGUACCAGGAUCCCAAACUCUUGUAGAAGUGUGCGCAACCAAGUCAACUCACCAGCGGUAUGAGCCAUUGCUCUAUACUUUGCCUCAGCACUAGAUCGUGCUACAAGCUACAACUGACUGUUUCUUACUUCUCCAUGUCACAAGAUUGCCUCCUAUAAAGGUGCAAUAGCCAGUAGUAGAACGACGAUCAGCAGGAGAUCUUGCCCAGUCAGCAUCUGUAUAUCCUUCAAUACGAAGAUGUCCAGAUGAUUUGUAGAGAAGUCCACGUCCGGGAGCAUUUUUUAGAUACUUCAAGAUACGAACAACUGCCUCCAUAUGAGGAACUCGAGGACGAGUCAUAAAUUGACUGACAACGCUAACUGCAUAGGAGAUAUCGGGUCGAGUAAUAGUUAGAUAAAUAAGUUUUCCCACAAGUCUCCGAUACAUCUCAAGGUCGUCAAUCAGCUCACCAUCUUCAGGCAUUAACUUAAGAUUAGUCUCCAUGGGAGUAGCUACAGGUUUAGACCCAAUAUAACCUGUAUUUUUCAAGAGAUCAAGAGUGUACUUCCUUUGUGAUAAACUGAUACCCGCUUUGGAACGAGCCACCUCAAUGCCAAGGAAAUAUCGAAGCUUGCCUAGAUCUUUGGUAAGAAAGCUAGAACCAAGAUGGCGAAUUAGUGUUUGAAUCCCAAUGCUAUCACUACCAGUGAUGACGAUAUCAUCCACAUAGACCACAAGAAUCACAAUACCACAAGUGGUCUUUUUAAAGAACACGGAGUGAUCAGCCUGACUCCGAGUCAUACCAUGAGAAAUAAUAGUAUUACUGAACUUAUCGAACCAAGCCCGCGGAGACUGUUUGAGGCCAUAUAUUGAUUUGUGGAGACGACACACAUACUCCCCCUUGGACUCAAAACCGGGUGGUUGUGCCAUAUAGACAGUCUCAGAUAGAUCCCCAUGUAGAAAGGCAUUCUUAACAUCAAGCUGGUGGAGAGGCCAAUCAAGAUUUGCCGCAAGAGAGAUAACAAUUCGUACAGAAUUAAGUUUGGCCACUGGAGAAAAAGUCUCAGUAUAAUCAAGUCCAUAGGUUUGGGUGAAACCUUUGGCCACAAGACGAGCUUUCAGUCGAUCAAGAGUACCAUCAGGAUUUUGUUUGACAGUAAACACCCAACGACAACCAACAAUAUGUGCUCCAAUAGGCUUGGAAACAAGGGUCCAAGUAUGAUUUAUGGACAAGGCAUGCAUCUCUUCUUCCAUAGCGGAGCGCCAUCCAGGAUGAGAAAGAGCCUCUAAAAAAGACUUAGGAA